CCCAACUUACCAAAAUUCGAAGCAGCAUCUAUAAUUUGAUCGAGAUUUUAUUAAAAGCAAAUGCGAUAAAAAGUCAACUAAGUGCCGAAUCUUAGUUCAAUAUAAACAUCCUUUGAGUUUUAUUUUAAUCCUCAAUCUUCAAAAACAGCGCUAAACCCGAUUUUGGUUUCCAUUCCAUCAUCAUAUCACUUUGGAUUCGAACAAACUUUGCAGAAAGCAAUAAAAUAAUUGUAAAUUAGAUUCCUGCAACACAAUCUUCAAAAAGUAACUUAAGAGGAUACCAUUUAUGCUUUAAAUUCUUAAUUUGAAGAAUAAACGUACACAUUUUAAACCAUUCCAAAAUCUGUAUAAAAAUUAAACCGAUAUUAAUUCUUUAUAAACUCAAGCUGCAUAUCUAACUAAAUUCGGAUUCAAAUUCAUAUCGAAAAAAAUGAGCUGUUUUUUGCAAAAUAACUACAUUCAUUUCACCCCCGAGUCUUACUCGUCCCCUUCCGGAUUACGCAACAAUGAGGACGAGUUAUACAAUAACGAUUACGUAACUGUGGAUCCGUUGAUGAUGCCACAAGGAUUUCAGGAAGAACCUGAAGCGCUCUCACUUUGGGGCGUGCCCAAUUAUACUCAUGAGGGGAAUAGUCAGAUUGGAGGGGGAGUUAGUCCGGAUGAUGAGGAUACAGGGUACAAUUCAAUGCCCAAAAUGGCCCAAAAGGACCAAAACAAAAAGACCGAUCUGAACUUGGACUUGUUGCAAAGUGGAUUAGAAAGCGUGUUGGCACCUGGCGUUGAUUACCACUCAACUGGACGCGUUUCCAGACCAUCUUCCGGAAGAUCAACCAGAUCAUCAUUCUAUCGAUUCACUUUCUCAUCAGAAUCUCUCAAAUCAUCCGCCUUUCAGUCGCGACAGAAAUUAGACAAAAACUCCUCGAAUCGCACUAAAAUCUCUAAGUUUAAUUCAAAUAGCUAUAAUAACUACAAUAGUUCUAGUAGUUAUAAAUUAGAACCCAAAUCGGACUCGGAUUCACAAGACUACAAAAUGUUCGCUUCUACCACAACAACUCACUCGACAAGCACCAUUCCUCACUCCAGGGUUUCCAGGUAUCCUAACUUUACUGAAAGCAACCUCUACUACAAUCGAGGACCUUUGAUCUUCCCUUUUGGCGAGGAAAACACGAUUGUCAUUGACUUCAAAGAAGCUAAAAAAUCCGAGGAAAAAGGGAAAGAGUUUUCUGGAGGACGACCUAAGUGGAUUUACAGCAACAUCGGUAGUAAUUUCAGCGACGAUGAUGAGGAUAAAGAAAACUCGGACGCUCCCAGGAGCAGCAGGUCUUUCAAACGAACCAGCACUCCUGAAUCCAAGUUCAGAUCUCACCUAGCACCAGGAGCAAAGCCGGAUCCCUUCCGAGACUACUUGGCACCCGGACGAUCCAGUGCUUUCUGUCCAGUUGCUAAGAAUCCUAGCCGAAAGAGCUCGCCGACUGAAAUGCCUCUCGGAUCUUCGAGGACUCCUGAGAACUCGUCGCGUGACCGAAGGGAAAACUCGGGUAACUCACGAAGCCGCAAAACUAACAGGAACGACUCGAGAGUAAUGAACAAAAACAAACUGAGCAAACCUCCAGGAUUUGGACGAGGGGUGGGUUCGAACUCCCCCUCACCGACUGACUUCAAAGUGGACAAAUCGCACCCGAAAUACAAGACUGAAAAAUGUGUCAACUACCCAAUGGGUCAUUGCAAAUUUGGCGACAACUGCGCAUUCAUUCAUGCGUAGCGAGGGUCAAGAGUUCGAUUCCAGCGUGGAUCAUUUUGACUGACAACUUCGAUUAAGCAGAAGUUAAUUUAUAAAAUAACUUUUUUGUAACACUAAUCGUAAAGAUUGCUCUGCCUAAUUUCAUUCAUUUGAUACAAGUUGCACAACUGAAUUAAUUUAAAUGGAUGAAAAUAAUUUUGUUCAUUACUUAAAGCUUCUACUUCUGAAUACUUUAAAGCGAUAUGCAAUCAU